AUGCCUGAUAAAUCUGGCGGCAAGGCCAAGAAGGGAGCCAACCUGGGCCGCUCGAUCAUGCGGCAGCAGUUCCGCGAACAGCCGGCGGCUGCGGAGCUCGAGACCGAGCGCGGCAAGGGCCGGCUGCGCUCUGUGACCCAGUGCGACGACCUCGAGGAGUUCAUGUCCAACGCGACGCUCGAGGGCAAGGACUUCGCGGCGCGGCGUGGCGAGGUGGUCGUCCUCGCCUCCGAGGCUCGCGCUGUGAUGGCAGCGGAGGCGCCGCGCGAUGCGUCUGUCGCGACUGACCUGCCAGUCCCGCGGCGGCCAGCCGGCGCGGUGGGCAUGGAUCCGGCCGAACUGGACGAGGCGGAGCGGUCAGCCUUCCUCGCCUGGCGCCGCGGGCUGGCUACGCUCGAGGAGGAGGGCGGCGAGUGCCUCACCCCAUACGAAAAGAACCUGGAGGUCUGGCGGCAGCUGUGGCGCGUCUUGGAGCGGUCGCAGCUGGCACGCGUCCCGAAAGCCAUUUGCACUUUCGCGGCGGUCUCCCGGACCGACCGAGGCGCGUCGCGACUGCAGGUGGUACAGAUCGUCGACGCUCGCAACCCGCUCCUCUUCCGCUCGGUCGACCUCGAGCGGUCGGCGGGUGAGGCUUCGCCCCCGCGGCCAUGCGUGCUCCUCGUCAACAAGGCGUCGGCAGCAGCCCGCUGA